AUGUCUACGGUUAUUUCAAACACCACACAUGCCAGUCCGCUAUCGUAUCUGCUGCUGCUGCUGCUGCUGCAUCCUGAUUGGGUCAACAUGGAUGUUGGUACAUUAGGCAAAUCCCUCUACAAUAGUGAAGAAGCCCCACUUAAUGAACAAAUCAAACCCUUAAAGAUAAAGGCAUUAGAAGAUGCUCUUAAAAAAAAUGAAAAUGAGAAUUCUGAAAGAUCUUUAGAAUUCUUAAGUGAAUUACUGAGAUGUACAGAUGGAUUAAUUAACAAUGAAUUAAGAUCAAAAAUAUGGCCCAUACUUUUAGGAAUUAAUUCUCCCUCUAGGACAAGCUCCAGUACAAAACUUAAUUCAUUAGAAUCUUCUCAAGCAUCAUUAGAAGGUUUAUUUAAUGGUGGCCAUAAACUUGGAGGAUUUCUGGAUCCAGCCCUGUUUUUGGAUGAUUUGAAUUGUGUCGAUUUGCCUCAACAUAAAGAUGAAGAUCAAGUGAAAUUGGAUAUUCAAAGAUCGUUUACUAUAUUAAAUCACAUCCAAUCUUUACAACAUCAUGCUAGUGACUCGUAUACUACAAUAUUCAGCCCAGCUGAUGUCAGUAACUUAAAGAAGAAAUUGUCAAAUUUAAUAAUUAAGUUAUUACGAAGGUAUCCAAGCUUAAAUUAUUAUCAGGGGUUUCAUGAUAUUGCAAGUAUAGUAUUACUUGUUUGCUAUACCCCUGAAGAAGAUGAAAUGGAGGACAAGAAUGACAAUGAAGCUACUGAUUACAACAUUAAUGAAGAUUUAGCGUUUAAGAUACUAGAGAAAUUGGCUAUUUUCCACUUACGUGAUUAUAUGACUAGUGAUAUAAAUUUAUCUGUCAAUCAUCUAAAGCUUAUUCCCUUGAUAUUAGAAAAUGUCGAUCUUCAAUUAUUUGAGUUAAUAAAACAAACAUCCAACUCAUAUAUACAAUCGGAUGGAUUACAUUAUGAUUAUAAAUUCUUUCAGGGUCUUUCAUCAAUUUUAACAUUUUAUUCUCAUGAUUUAACUAGCCUACCACAAAUAUUAGCUAUAUGGGAUUUCACUAUCAGUUAUAAUUCAGUUUUACCAAACAUGUACAUUUAUGCAUCGGCACUUCUUGUAUUUAAGGAAAAGAUAUUCACCAGUUUACAAAUUGACGACGAUACAAAUUAUGAAGAUGUGGAUCCCGAUUUAGUUCACACUGCCAUAUCUCCAAAUCGGUUAUUUGAGGAGUUGAGUGAUUCAAAAUUGCUUGAGAUUUUGAAUCGUACCAAGACGCUUUUGAAUGACUUCCCCAUCAAUAGAUUGACAAAUUCUUCAAAUACUUGGGCUGUAUGGUUUGAAGAAUAUAACAAGAAUUCGGUUUUGCUAACCACUUCAAAUUUAUAUGCCGAUAAGAAUGAUACAUUGACAAAGUAUCAGGGAUUAAUAAUUGGAACUAUAUUCGAAUCUUUCAAGGCUGGUCCAACAGAAUUGUCAGAAUUAAUACAUAAACAAGAACAAGAAAUAACGAGACAAAUUAUUGACGAUGCAGCUUUCCAAAGAAAGAUAUUAGAUCAACAAGAAGAAUUAUCAAAUUCAAUCUUUACUGAAUCUUCCCCUCUGUUAUCAUCAUCAUCAGCAACAUUACACACGGCGACGUCAACAUUACAUAAAGUCGCCUCAUCCAUCUUCUUUAAGAAAUUGUUCGCAGAAGAAGUUGAUGAAGAGAAAAAGAAACAUCAUCGUGAAUGGUCUUUGACUAAGAAUAUUUAUAAGAUAAGUAUAACAGUUGGAUUUAUUGGGUUUGUGAUUCACUUCCUAUUGAUUAAGCAUAAUUCACAUUAUCCUAGUAUAUUAUCUAAAUUUAUCACUAUGAAUAUAUUCGGCCCGUUGAAGAGAAUAGCUGAAUAUAUAACCAGCAGUGAUUCAGUAGCGUUUAUAACUCAAGAAUUGGGUAUUUUGGGAGGGAAUUUGAUUGAUCGCGUCGAAGAUUCAGUUAAUGAUGUAUAUAGUUUGGUCAAAGAUUCAACGUUUGUCAAUUCAGGAAUGGGUAUUGGACAAGUAGGAUUAGGGAAUUUAAGAAAUACGGUUUAUGGUUUUCAUGGUUAA